AUACAUACAUGUAGGUAGUUACGCAGCGCCAAAGCAGUGUUGGUAGAGCAAGACGUGGAUCGUGUUGUUAAUGUUAGCUCCAAUACCAACAGUUGUUGAAGAAGAGUCUGAAUUUUACGAGAGGAUUGUUAUGACAUAUACCUAUGAGUAGAGAAACGUUCAAAAUAGUUUUGGACGAACAAAGGCUUGGCAGUAAGCGAUCGAAAGGAUAAUAAUCUCUUCAGAAGUUUAGGAAUUUAAUGCGAUCCUCAUUCUCGGAUUCGGAACUCCAACGCAAACCGUACCAAGCGCAAGCUCAUUCGGUAGUCAACUUUGCCAACAGGGAAUAUCUUCAUUUAAAACUUGAACAGUUUUAUGUAAUAUCUAAGAAUGAUGAUCUUUAAAUACGUGUAGCAGGAUAAUCAAUGUACAUUUGCGAGUAAUUGGAGGUGUUUCGUGAGUAAGACUGUUGUUAAAAACAGAGAAAAACACAGCUUUAUUAUGGCUUCUUGGAGGACUUGUGCAACUCUUGCAGCGUUCACAUUAGUGGUAGUGUGUGUCUGGUGCGUGAUAGCUGAGGAGGUUUUCACCCAUCACUUUGCCCUGAUCGUACGGGGAGGACAGACCAAAGCAGAUCGUCUUGCAGAAAAAUAUGGCUAUAUAAAUCAUGGACAGAUUGGAGCAUUAGAAGACCAUUACUUGUUCAGUCAUCAGAAUGUUUUCAAACGGUCAGCUGAGGCCAGCACUGGAGAACAUAUAGAUAUAGCUGAUGAACCAGAGGUGGAAUGGUUUGAGCAACAAGUAUCGAGAAAAAGAGUGAAGCGAGACAUGACCCGAUUCUCAGAUCCUCUGUGGCCUAACCAGUGGUACCUGGUGGAAUGGUUUGAGCAACAAGUAUCGAGAAAAAGAGUGAAGCGAGACAUGACCCGAUUCUCAGAUCCUCUGUGGCCUAACCAGUGGUACCUGGAUGGAAAUUUCAGUGGAGAUUCUAAGCCAAUAGCAAGCAUGAACAUUCAGCAAGCCUGGGAUAAGGGAUAUACUGGUGCCGGAAUCGUCAUCACAAUCAUGGACGAUGGAUUGGAAUAUACUCAUACAGACAUCAAGAAUAGUUAUGAUGCUGGUGCCAGCUAUGAUUUUAUUUCACGUGAUGCAGAUGCCAUGCCUAGGUAUAUGAGAGCUCCAAAUCCUGAAGAAAAUAUGCAUGGAACUCGAUGUGCUGGUGAGAUAGUGAUGCAGCCAAAUAAUAGUAAAUGUGGUGUCGGCAUUGCAUAUAAUGCACAGAUUGGAGGAAUCCGAAUGCUUGAUGGUCUAGUCACAGACGAGAUGGAAUCAUCAUCGUUAUCUUUCAACUAUCAGCAUGUUGAUAUAUACAGUGCUUCCUGGGGUCCAGAUGAUGAAGGUUUCACUGUCGAAGGACCAAACAUUCUUGCGAAGAAGGCUCUGGAGAAAGGAGUGAAACUUGGAAGGGAUGGUAAGGGGUCUAUAUUUGUGUGGGCUUCCGGGAAUGGUGGGAUGCACCUUGAUGACUGCAAUGCAGAUGGCUAUGCAAACAGCAUCUACACACUGGUAGUAAGUAGUACCACAGAGAACCAAGAUAAACCAUUCUACAGUGAGCAUUGUGCAGCAAGCUUGGCAUCAACGUUUAGCAGUGGAAACAAACUACAAAAGAUGGUGGUGACAACUGAUUUACAUGAUGGGUGUAUUGGAAACUUUACUGGGACAUCAGCAUCAGCACCUAUUGCUGCUGGCAUUGUCUCUUUAGUCCUUGAAGCCAAUGGUAAUCUAACAUGGCGUGAUGUCCAGUACUUGAUUGUAGUCACAUCAAAGCGCCACCAGUUGACAGGAGAUUGGAUGACAAAUGGAGCAGGUUAUGAAGUGAGUCAUUGGUUUGGCUUUGGAUUGAUGGAUGCAGCAGCCAUGGUAGAGAAGGCAAAAACAUGGGAGAAUCUACCAGAACAGCUCACAUACUCCAAGUUUGCAGACAAUGUCAAUCAAGGACCAAGGAAUAGAAGGUUUUUCAACAGGGGUCCAAGGUACUUCACCUCCAGCCUUGAAGUCCAAGAUUGCAAGGAUCCUUUCGCCGGUAAACCCAUCCGUUAUUUGGAGCAUGUCCAAGUGACUCUGUCAUUAAGGGCCUCUGUACGUGGGAAAGUCAAGGUGGAGCUAACCUCCCCAUCUGGUACCACCAGCACUCUACUCAGCAACCGCACUAAUGACGUCGCUGGCAAAGGCUUCAGGCUCUGGACCCUCAUGACUGUUCACUUCUGGGGAGAAAACCCCAACGGAGCAUGGCUCAUUAAAAUUGGAAAUGGCGAAUACAACAGAUUAACGGUUUCAACAGUGAGGCUCACUCUACGAGGAACAUCAAAUCUACCUGCUUCUCUGCUCCCUUCCCAUACAAUGGACACCUUGGAACAUAUAGAAACAGAGCAAGAAGAACGAGAAGACCAAGGAGCUGAGCUGCCUCUGGACCCACAACGCUCUUCUGGCCGACAUCCACAGAUAUCUCCUUUGAGGGUAGUCUCAGAAACCCUUCAACGAGAUGUCCGUGCAGCAAGUUCUUCUUACUCCUGGGACUCCAGCUGGUGGUGGAGUAGUUCUGACUGGGAAUCCUACCAACAGUGUCACGAGGAAUGCCUCUAUGGCUGCUCUGGUCCCAAUGCUGAUGAGUGCUACAAAUGCAGGCAUUACAAAGAUAGAGAAACCUUGGAUUGUGUUGCAACUUGUCCUGAUGGCCAGUUCACCCCUCCAGAGCUCCACAUCCGAUGUGGAAGAUGCAGUGAUCACUGCAAGACCUGCAGUGGAAAUACCAAACAAGAUUGCUUAUCUUGUCCCCCUGGUCUCUUCCUCAGUGAUCGCAAUUCUUGCGUCAGAGAUUGUUCACCCGGAUACUACAAAGAUUCCUUCUUCCAGAUGUGUCGUCAGUGCUCUCCCCUCUGCCAGUCAUGUGAAGCGAACGAGAACAGUUGCACAUCCUGCAUCGAUGGAGCAGUUCUUCGUGGCUCACAAUGUAUCACACGAUGCAUGGAUAGCGAGUACAUGGAGAAUGAGCGUUGCCUCCCCUGUGAUUCAUCAUGCUUCUCUUGUAAUGGUGGUACAGAUACAGACUGUACAUCCUGCUUUGAUGAUUAUGUCCACAUGGAUAUGAGAUGUGUAGAGCCUCACCAGUGUGGGGUUGGAUACUACAUUGUCAACAGCUAUGAUGUUGCAUCUAGGCAGUGCUUAAGAUGUCAUUCAACAUGUAAAGAUUGCCAGGGUCCAUCAUUUACAGACUGUGUGGAUUGCCAUCAGGGAUUCUUCUUGGUCGGAGGGGCUUGCCUGCAAACAUGUGAAAAUGGUAAAUAUCUGGCCCCGGAUAAUAACUGUAAGUCAUGCAGCGAAGGAUGUGUUCUGUGCUCAGACGAUAGGACUUGUAUACAGUGUGCUAAAUCAAAGUAAGUGUUUUCACCCUUUUAAGAUUAAAUCCCAGGCCCCCCCACUCUUUAGGCAGUCAAUUAUACUCAUGAGGAAUGUUUGUUCCAGACUCUUAAGAGAUAUUCCCUUUAAGGUGAGGAAAGGGUUACCUUGUUGAGUGUUUUAGUCUGUUGGUUCUGACUCUCGCCUUUGAAACAGGGGGUCGUGAGUUCAAAUGCCAGCCAUAGCCUGAUAUUUUUCAGCAAGAAUUUAAUCCACAAUGUUUCUGCACUCAACUGAGGUGAGGUGAUUGCAUGGAUACUGCAUAGGAUUAAUUCCUUGAAUGCGCCUCUAGCGGCUGGAGCCAAAGCUGGGGUAAUAUGAACUGUGCUAUUGAAAAGGCAACUAGAUAAUUAGCACCUCAUAAAUGAUAUUUAUUAUUACCCUUUUAAGCAAGUGUUGGUACUGCACAAUCGGAAAAUAGCAUUAAAAACAGACAUGCUGAAGUUUUUCAACAUGCACUCAUUGGAGUUAAAUCGCAUGAAUGAACAGAAUGCUAGAAUAAAACAAUAUAUAGUAGAACAAAAAAUGACAAAAGGUGCUAAACUACAAGCUGUGACUGGUUGUCAAUGUAAACAAAUUACCUUUUUGACCCCUUAUGACUGACAUUUAGAAAGGUAGCCUGCGAACUCUCUUAACUUUUAUUACAGGAACAUUUAGUUGUAAAGAAAGCUUGCAAAAUUGCCCCAUCUCCCCCCCCCCAAAAAAAAAAAAAAAGUCAGGAUUGUUCAGGGAAUUUUAUUAACAGCCUCUGAAUAAAAUUGUUUCUGAUAAAAAUGCUACAAGAUCAUGAUUAUUUCUGGAUUUUUUUUUAUAUUCAUUGAUCAAUGCUAAAGAAUUGAGUGAAACCAAUCAAUAUUUUUGGGGGGAUAGUAGACAUUUUAUUUCAAGUAUUGAAAUAAAAAUCAUCUAUUUCGGCCCUUUCAGAAAUCUUGUGAAAUCAACAAUGAUUUACAAAUAUUAAGACAAAUCUUUACGUUCAAGGGUCUGUAAGUAUUACUACCCUUUUUGUGCCUGCCCGGACUACGACGACAAACAAACGAAAGCUCGCACGUGUUCUCAUACUGGGUAAAUAAUAGUCAAAACAGCUUUAUUGAAUCUAGUCUCUUCAUUAUGGUCAAAGCUGACUCUUUGGCUUGCUGAUUCACUUUGUUCCUUAGAUUCCCGU